AUGGAGUCAGACAUUUGGCUCGAUGUAGACACAGCGCUGCUCAUCCACGUAAUAUCGCAAGGGUACCAGGCCUCUUGGAAACGCAACUUCGACAUACACCUUGCCCGAUUCUGCUUCCUGUUUGAUAGACCCACCCUGAUGUCGUGCAAUCUGCGGGAUAUUGACCCCCUCAUCCGGGACGAUCAUGUGACAUGGGACAAGCCGGACGACAUGGAGGAGUAUAUCGCCGAAGAUAUUCAGCGCCAGGUCGAUAUGGGCGAACAGCUCGUCCGUGUUGCGAUUAGCACGGCUCCCGACCAAACUCGUGUGUGGGCUCUGACCUUGCACCAUUCUCUCUGCGAUGGAUGGACCGUCAGGCAGCUCUUGGAGCAGACCGCAGCUGCAUACAGAGGGCAGACCCUCCAUGAGCGACCUUUUAGCUCAUUCAUGGAGUAUGUUCUCGACAAGGGUAAUGAGGAAGCACAACAGUAUUGGCAAACCGAGUUCGCCAACCUCGAUCCCCGUGGUGCCAGUUUCCCGCCUCUUCCCUCAACACAUUACGCUCCCCAGGCAGUAGAAUCGCUAACGUACCCUGUCCUGAAUCUCACCGACAAGGGCACCAAACAUACGUUAACGACGGCGAUCCGUCUCGCCAUGGCGAUUGUGCUGUCACGAUAUAGCGGAUCCAGUGAUGUUGUCGUUGGACUCACGACAUCAGGCCGUAGCGCUUCCCUACCUGGGAUCAACACAAUCACCGGUCCAACAUUAGGCACGUAUCCCAUGCAGAUUCAACUGGAUUCAUCUGAAACAGUCGAAGACGUUAUGUCAGGGAUUCAAGCAAGCUCCAUCCGCGUACUUCCAUUUGAGCAUUUUGGUCUUCAAAACAUCCGCAACGUAAGUCCGGAUGCCGCUCGGGCCUAUGGCUACUCCGGUCAUGCUGCGUUUGGCGGCUUUGCCUUCGCCAUGAGUUGCAUGCUGGAACCGCGGAAUGAUGGAUUUACCGUGCUAGCCAACUACGAUCCGCAAACCAUCACGCACGACCCGCUCACCACAUUCUUCUCGGAGUUCGAGCAGGUGGUUCGUCAGAUCUGCGGUGAUGCGUCUGCCGAAUUUGAAAGGUCUGGUGACAUCAGCCAGGCUCCGGUGAAUGAAACUGCAAAUAUUGUUCGUGAAGCGGUUGCCGACGUUCUAGAUGUAAGCGUCGACAGUCUCAAGAUGAGCGAUAAUUUCUUCCGAAUCGGCGGUGAUUCCAUCGCAGCUAUGCUGGUCUCCGCGAAGUGUCGUUCUCGAGGUCUUCUUCUCACUGUGACCGAUAUUUUCCAGAAGAAAACUAUCGCAAAGAUUGCAGAAAAAGCUAUAUUGGCCCAAAGCAAGGGUGGUGUUUUGCAGAACGAAGGAAAGAUUGAUACAUCUGCCGCCUGGGACGCGUUAGUUAGUGGCAAACUACCAGCUUUGGGCGUUGUCAAUGUAGAAGAUAUCGAAGAGAUCGUCCCCUGCACUCCUCUACAGCAGGUAAUGUGGUUGACUGGUUCAAGAAAGAACGGUUACUACCAACCACACACCGUGUGGGAGCUGAUGGCACAGGAUAAAUCGAGGCCUGUGGACACAGACAGGCUUCGAGAGGCGUGGAAGGCAUUUAUCGAGCGUCAUUCAACGUACCGAUCACUUCUGGUGACCGUUCAACAGCUUGCAUAUCAAGUUGUGCUAAAAAAGCCAUUCAGCGACAAUAUCUCCACAGUCCGAUGCACUGCCGCAGAUCUUCAAGACGCAAUUGCUAGACAGAAAGAUACACCCUGGUCUAAUCCUCAUGUGCCGUAUCGACUGACCAUCUUCCAGACCGAUGGAGACAAGGUAUUCUUGUUGAUGGAGCAACAUCACGCAUUAGACGAUGCUGUUUCUUCCUCUAUCUUCGUGGACGAGUGGUCACAGUUGUAUGGAGGAAACACACCGGAUGGCACACCAGUUCCGUUCAGCAAAUAUAUCGCCAGCAUCCAUUCUUCCUCUACAAUAUCCAACAAGGCGUUCUGGACACAGUACCUAAAAGAUAUAUCCCCAUGCCUUCUGUCCUCGCACGAUGGUCCCAUCCAUCGCGGAAACCUUCACUCCACUAGCAUCCAGCUCGACCAUAUGCGAUAUAUUACCCAAUUCUUCGCCGCACACGACAUCACGAUCGCAAUCUUCUUCAAAUCUCUCUGGGCCGCACUCCUCCAUCGCCUAACCAGUCUCACCGACAUCUUCUUCGGCUAUCUCGUAUCGACACGAAAUACACCAGAUGUAGAGGCCACCGGGUCUACUGGAUUCUACCUAAACAUGCUCAUCCAGCGACUGAACAUAGACAAUACUACAAAAAUGACGAAGGUCCUCGACGUCAUCCAGCAAGACUACGGUCCAGCCCUCACGCAUCAAUUCCAAGCGCUGGAAGCACUAAACGCACCAAGGCCAAGCCGCGUUUUCAGCACUCUCGUCAACCACCGCCGACAUGCUAUCGAUACUAAGGAAACUAGGUCGCUACGGUUUGAACCCGUGGAGUGGUCUGAUGGGAUGGACUUUGACAUCGUGUUUGAGAUUGACGGGUUCGAGGACGAUUUACAAGCAACCUUGACAUAUUGGGAUGGCAGAGUAGAGGAGGAAAUGGUUUCGAAAUCUAGUAAGAUAUUUACUGGACUUCUUUCCGCGGUGAUGGAGAAUCCCGAGCAGGUAGUUAGGGAUGUAUUAUAA